ACCUCGCGCUGUGAUUGGUGGAAGCUGUUUUCUUUAGUAACAUUCGGCGGCCAAUAGGGCAGCUUUCUUGUGACCAUUUAAUAAAAUCCCGGAAGCGGCAACUAUUCUGAGCGUUCGAUCACUGGAUACAUAGUUUCGCUGUAACCACUGCUUCCUCAUUACUUGCAAUAAGACGUGAUGGGGCUGCAAAGUCUGCUAUCGGGGGCAUGUCUUACUUUUAUACUUGGGCUAGCAGUUGUGCCCCUCCAGGUCCGCGGUCUGAAUAAUGGCUUGGCACUCACACCCCCCAUGGGCUGGCUGCACUGGGAGAGAUUCCUGUGUGAGACUGACUGUCAGAAAGAACCUUGGCGAUGCAUAAGUGAGCAGCUUUUCAUGCAGAUGGCUGAUAUGAUGGUGUUUCAGGGAUGGCUGGAUGCUGGAUAUCAAUAUGUGUGUAUUGAUGACUGCUGGCUCGCUCCAGAGAGAGACGCAAACAAUAGGUUACAAGCUGAUCCCAUUCGAUUCCCUGGGGGCAUCAAGAAGCUAGCUGAUUAUGUGCACGGUCGUGGACUCCUCCUAGGUAUAUACCAGGAUGUUGGGAAGAAGACAUGUGCAGGGUUUCCAGGCAGCAAAGAUUUUUAUGAUCUGGAUGCUCAAACCUUUGCUGAUUGGGGAGUGGAUCUGCUCAAAUUUGAUGGUUGUUAUUACGGUACCCUGGAUGAACUGGAAGAUGGAUACCGUCGCAUGUCUGUGGCACUGAAUCGUACAGGGAGGAAUAUUGUAUUAUCCUGUGAAUGGCCACUUUAUGCCAGACCCUUAACAAAGGUGAAUUACACCGAAGUUGCAGAAUAUUGUAACUCAUGGAGGAAUUUUGCUGAUGUCUCAGAUUCCUGGUCCAGUGUCAAAGCUAUCCUGGACUGGACAGCAAUCUUGCAGAAUUCACUGGUGCCUGCGGCUGGUCCAGGUGCCUGGAAUGACCCCGACAUGCUUGUCAUCGGUAACUUCGGUUUGAGCUGGGACCAGCAGGUAACACAGAUGGCCUUGUGGUGCAUCAUGGCCGCCCCUCUGUUAAUGUCCAAUGACCUCCGAGAUAUUAGUGCUGAAUCAAAAGCUCUUCUACAGAACAAAGAAGUAAUUGCGAUUAAUCAAGACCCCCUUGGUGCUCAAGGAUACAGAAUUCUCAUGGAUUCCAACUUUGAGCUGUGGGAAAAGCCUCUCUCUGCAAGUUCUUUGGCUGUGUCUAUAACAAAUCGGAUGGAACAAGGUGGCCCUCGACGCAUUGAAUUUUCAGCAACCAUGUUAUGGAAAGGAAAUGUUUGUAAGAAAAAGUGUUACAUUACACAGCUGCUUCCCACGCGGCAAGAAUAUGGUUAUUUGAAUAUGACUGCCAAAUUGCCUCUUUGGGUCAAUCCUACAGGAACCAUAUUACUUAGAAUAGACUGAGCUUUCCUCCACUUUGAAAUUAUGGCAUAAAUAUAGAACUGAUGUGUUGGCAAUGACAACACACAUUGGGAAUACUUGUAUUGUCCCUAUCAAAGAAGGUAUAGUGUUUAAACAAAAGUUGCACAUGGGUUAAGCUCACUUAUAUAGCGCAUUUACAACUUGUGAAAAUAGAAUGCUGUUGCCUACACAAGUGAAGUGUUUACUACAACAAAGAAGAUACAGCCACUUCCUUUUUCCAUUAUAUAGAGGCAUAUAGCAAAACAUAAAUCAAGGGUCGUGACAGAGUACAGAUAAUCAUUUUCUAUAAAGACACAUACUUUUAAUUUCUCAAUCUAGAUUUCUAUUUUUCUUGAAAAUCAUGUAUUUUUAAAUUGAUAUUGAUAUGACGACAAAUGAAAUCCUUUAACAAUUUUACAAUUACAUUGUUAUAUCCGUUAAUAUGGCUCUAUUCAUGAAAUAAAAACCAGAAGACUGUGUUCUAUAGAAGUACUGUCUGUUUUAACAGUGUCCAUGGAACCCCAACGCUUUCCACUGCUGGUUUAAGAGCUUACACAUUUACCUUACACUGCACAUAAUUGCAACGAUGUCUUGGUUCCCCCGUUUGCUAGUGCUUUGCAGGGAGCCAACUGAGCAUUUUACUUUUCUUUUCUCUCCAUCUCUUCCAUUAUCCUGUGCUGAGUUUCCUGAUAAAUGGUAUUGAGAUAUGAGCAAUGUCAUAUCUCUGUGUAAUCCUUCUAAAGGGGCGCUCACAUCACAGAUAUAUUCAAAACUAGAUUUUAUAAGUUUAUACA